AUGCCCAACUACCGACACGUAGUGCUACCAACGAUCGAGGAAAGCCCAAUGAUGUCUCCAAGGGCUCCAUGGGUAUGCCCUCCAAAGACGCCAUACCCCUACGAACCUAUCAGAACUCGUGCAUCGACGCCACCAGGCGGCGACGAAAGUGCAGCUAUGCUGUUAGACCAAUCCCCUGAUUCUACGGAGAGUGAUUACAGCGAUUGUUAUCCUGAACUGCUAGCGUUGUCACCGUCGACACCAGCUUUGGCAGCGGUCCACACAGCAUAUGAUCGCGCUUACGAUACUAUCGCAAUUCCGCACCAGAAUUCCGCUAGACGUUACGAGUCUGGUAGUGGCCCUGAUAGAGCGAACGACGAAGGAUGCCAGCAUCAAAUAUUCGAGUCGGAUGGCCUCGUUUCGCCCCGCUAUAAGGAGUCUGGUUCCGAAGUCACGAGCGCCUACAACCCUAGCUCCAUCGGCCAAUGGUCUGAAGACGAUUUUUGGCAAGUCGAGACGAUGUCAAUGCCUGACCAUACAGGCGAGGCUACCAUCGCCGAAGAUGAUCUGCAGCAGCUGAUCGAGUUCAAUGCCGAUGUAGCUGGCCAAGGCCAUAGGGGGCGUCCUUGGUUCGAGUCUGUGUCUGUCGUAGGCAGUGAAACAAGCGAGGAGGAUUGGAUGAGCGGAUCGCAUCACAAUACAACAGCUAAAGAUGCAUACGCCGAAAACUUAUUCCAGAAAGCCAGAUUCGCUAGGAACAAUUCUGACGCUGGGAACCUUUCUCAACAGUCUGGCACCCCACUGUCUCUCAAGACGCUCGCAGAUGCUGCUAGGCAGUUACAAGAAACCGAGCCACCUCAGUUAGUUAGAUCAGUAUCACCCUAUCCUUGCAAUUCCACGACAGGGAAGCGUAUCAGAUCGCGCUCGCCGGAAGGAAUGCCUGCUGCAAAGGCUCGAUGCCGAGAACUGCCUCACCUUGUCACAGACAUAGGUCAAAAUCUCACCCUAGUCCGUGGGCCAACUCCAGUCUCACCAGCCCGCUGCUUUACCGAUAUUGCAGCGGAAAAGACUACAGGUGAGGGAAAGAUGUACAAGGUGAUCUGGCGAGAGUCCUGGGUUCAUGAGUCAAAACUCCCGUCACUCAGUCCUGUCCGACAGCACCACAUCCAGCGCUUUGGGUGCGGCUGGCAAGUGCAUCCCUACGAGUCCAGAUAG